AGUUAUGAGAAUCAGUUAUUUGAUGACUGAAUGAAUACUUAGGCUAUUCUCAUGACAAGAUUUAUCUUCCAAAUUGUACCCUCAUGAUUGAAUCUGAACUAACCAAUAUUUAGUGAGUGUGUAAUUAUAUCAGUGAGAAGUGUGUAUUUAAAUCAACAAAAGUACCUAAAAUAAAUGACGAGAAGAAAACAUCACCGUAAGGCAAAAUCUACGACCAAAGCCAUGGAAACGCCAAAUGAUUCUUCCCCGACAACAAGUUCUGAAUUGAAUUUUAGGGAUUCCGUUGAUUGUAGUGUGCAGACUGAAUAUUCAUUGCCCCAAACAAGGAACAAACUACAUGGGAUACAGAAUCUGGAGUCCAUUACAAGAAUCACAAAUUUUCCAGUUGUCGAAUCCAGCUGGAGUUAUGCAGGGAGUAUUUACAAGAAACUCAAGGACAGCAAUUCCAUGGUACAUUGGACUUUUGAUACUGCCGAGUCAUCAAUUCAUACUAUUCUGGAAGCAGCUUCUCCUGCUAUAAUCCUCUUAGAAGGACCCAUCAACUCACUGGACAAAGUUGUUUGUAGAAGUCUUGACAUUGUAGAACAAGCUGUGCCAUCUAUCAAUCUACCUCCAGAAAUGAUAUAUUCGAAUACGAAGCAAUAUGUUACUGAUGUGGGAACAAAAAUAGCUCAACCUGUCCUCAAGAGAGCAGAUUCCAUGAAGCAAAUCGGUAAUACCGUUCUAGCCAGUAAAUACACUACCUAUGCAGCAGAUACACUCGACGGAGCAUUGAAUGUCGCUGAGAAAUAUGUGGAUAAAUACUUACCUGCUGAGGAUGAACCGGCAACUGAUGAAACUGAAAACACCAUUGAUGGACCGACUGGUAAGGCUAUACAUACGAUACAUCAUGUAGACAGAUUCUCACGCAAACUGAGAAGAAGGCUGACUCAACGUACCAUAGCAGAAGUUGAGGCAUUGAAACAACAAAGUGCUGAGGCAGUUCACGUGCUCAUAUACGUUGCUGAACUGGUGGCUACAGAUCCUGUUCUAGCGUUCCAAAAAGGAAAAGAAUUGUGGGCCAGCCUCAGUAAAGAUGAACCGGAAAAUCAGGCGAGGCCAGAAAACGUAGAGCAGUUGAUAGUUCUAAUGACCAGAGAAUCAGCUAGAAGAAUGGUACAUUUGAUCAACUUCACUAGUGGAGUUCUGAGCAAUGCUCCAAAGAGACUAACUGUUACCGUCAAUUCGAUUGCUAGGAAAAUUUUACACGUGCUGGACUCAACAGUGAAGACGAUUCACAUGGAAGACGUCCAAAGAAACAUUGGAGACAUUCUCAAAAUCCAAGGACGACAAUUAGCCAAGGCACUGAAGGAGGUCAAUGCUUAUAUAAGCGAACUCUUGGAAAGAAUCCAAGAAAAUCCCAGUAAUGAAAACCCCUCAAAAUCUGCAUUGGCUAUUCCCCAGAUCAAAGUACAAGAAGCGAAAGCAACUAUCAAAAAUACAAUUGCCAAAUCAAAUGGCACAGAAAAUAACUCUUAACUACCAUCUUAUCAGUAGAUAUAUUAUGAACGGCAUUUGACUGAUUGAUCAUUGGAUACAAUAUUACUGCUAGGUGGGUUACCAAAUAUUGAUUUACUGUACUUCAAAACUAACAGAAACAUGGAAUAUAUUCAUAUUAUAU